AUGCGUGAUAAUUCACAGUCAUUACGUGUCGUAGCAUUGAUAAGUGGUGGUAAAGACAGCACAUAUAAUAUGGUACAAUGUACAAAAGACAAUCAUCAAAUUAUCGCAUUAGCUAAUUUAUAUCCGGAAUCUACAGACGAGCUCGAUAGUUAUAUGUAUCAAAGUGUUGGACAUGAAAUAAUAAAAUUAUAUGCAGAAGCAAUUGAUAUUCCACUUUAUCGAGCUAUAAUUAAAGGAAAUGCAAAAACAACAGAAAAAUAUUAUAGUGAACCAGUUACUGGUGACGAAGUUGAAGAUUUAUAUCAAUUAUUGUGUGAAGUCAAAAAACAUCAUGAAUUUGAUGCUGUAUCUGUUGGUGCUAUAUUUUCUGAAUAUCAAUACAACAGAGUUGCUAACGUUUGUCACAGAUUGAAUAUUAAAGUGUUGACAUAUUUAUGGAAACGAGAUCAAAAAGUGUUACUUGAUGAAAUGAUUGAUAAUGGUAUAGAAGCAAUAAUAAUAAAAACAGCCGCUAUGGGUAAGUUAAACAUUGAAGCACUUCAUACAUGUAAUAAAUUUUAA